AUGAACCGCGGUUCUAUCGGGAAAGACGAUGUCGAGAUCGUCGAUCAACCUUCUCAUAUCGAAGACAUCCCCAAGCCUUCGCUCGUUACUCAAGUUGGAGACUUCCGUGUCGUCGGUUUGACUCUCGACGAUGCAGAUUUCUAUAACAACUAUCCGGAGGAGAAACGGAAAAAGACCUUCCAUAAGGUCGAUAAGCGUUUAAUCCCCAUGCUCGCAGUGCUGUACCUGAUGUGCCAUAUCGAUCGUGCGAAUAUCGGAAAUGCUAAAAUCGAAGGCAUGGUCCAAGAUCUCAAUAUGACUGGGUUGCAGUAUAAUACUGUGCUUUCUAUAUUCUUCAUUCCCUACGUCCUACUGGAAGUUCCCAGUAACAUAUUACUCAAAAAGUUCAAGCGCCCUUCAGUAUACCUUGGUCUUCUUGUCUUGACCUGGGGUAUUGUCAUGACAUGCACAGGCCUGGUUCAAAACUUUGCUGGUCUUAUGGCCACUCGAGUACUACUUGGUGUUUUUGAGGCUGGAUUCUUCCCUGGCGCUAUCUACCUUUGCUCCUACUGGUACAUGCCUAAGGAAUUGGCGCUUCGUAUUUCAUACUUCUACUGUGCCAGUGCGCUCUCCGGUGCAUUCUCCGGCCUGCUGGCUGCCGCUAUUGCCAAGAUGGACGGUAUUGCUGGGCUUGAGGGAUGGCGGUGGAUUUUCAUUCUGGAAGGCCUUGCUAGUGUGGCACUAGGUAUUGUAUGCUUCUUUCUCCUCAUCGACACCCCGGCUUUGUCCAAGCGCUGGUUAUCUCCCGAUGAGAUUCGCUACCUGGAGCUUUCAAUGUUCAUCAAGCAAGGAGGAACUAGUACUGGGGAGGAUGGGUUCAAAUGGAGAGACCUCAAGAUUGUCCUGACGAACUGGAGGAUAUACGUGCAAGGCUACCUUUUGUUUUGCCAAUCGGCUUUGUCUUAUGGUACCAAGUUCACCAUGCCGACUAUCACCAAGGCUAUGGGCUUCAGCUCCACCAACGCCCAGCUCACUUCAGCUCCUCCAUACGUUGCUGGUGCGAUAUCUGCUAUCAUCUUUGCACGCUUCUCCGAUCGCUUCUAUUGGCGAAUGCCAUUUGUCUGCAUUCCCAUGGUCAUCGUCGUGGUAGCUUAUUCGAUCAUAAUGUCCCUGAACGGAGCCCUCGAAGAGAAGAAAGGAGUGGCAUAUUUUGCAGUUGUUCUGUCUGUCAUUGGUAUUUACCCCAUCCAACCCGGAGCUGCAUCUUGGAACGCAAACAACAUUGCCCCAGCAUCCCGACGGGCUAUGGGUAUCGCGCUUGUAAACUGUGUCGGCAAUGUGGGUGGUAUACUGGGCAGCUUCAUGUAUAUUGAGACAGAGAGCCCCAAGUACCCAACUGGAUUUGGACUCAGUCUGGCACUUGGUGGGGUUGGAUUCUUUGUUGCUUUGUUCCUUGAAUGGACUUACAAGAUGGGUAAUGCAAAGAAGGAAAGGCUUGCAGAUGAUGCGAGGAUCAACUACACUGAAGAUCAGUUGUUCGAUAUGGGAGACAAGUCGCCGCUGUUCAAGUAUGUGUUGUAG